CCCAUCUACAUUUCUACUUUAGUAUAAGCUUGAACAAUUUUUCUUUCUAUACGAAUCAGGAACACGUAAUUCUUAAGAACUCUUUACAAGAAAGUCUUGAAGAAUCCAAACAUGGAAAUGAUGAUGACGAUACUUCUUCUAUGUUCAGCAACCUUCAUUACCAUUCUCUUCUUCAAAAAACAGAUGACUCGAAAGAAAAGCAACACACCGGUGUCACCACCGAGACUUCCGUUGAUCGGAAACCUUCAUCAGCUCGGCCGCCACCCUCACCGAUCACUGUGCUCUCUCAGCAACCGUUACGGUCCUCUCAUGCUCCUUCAUUUUGGUCGUGUCCCCGUUCUUGUAGUCUCUUCCGCAGAUAUGGCUCGAGAUAUUUUGAAGACGCAUGACCUCGUUUUUGCUAGCCGUCCACGGUCAAAAAUAUUUGAGAAGCUUCUUUACGAUAGGCAUGAUGUGGCAUCAGCUCCUUAUGGAGAGUAUUGGAGGCAAAUGAAGAGUGUGUGCGUCCUCCAACUCCUCAACAACAAAAUGGUCCGGUCUUUUCGAAACGUGAGACAAGAAGAGAUUAGUCUGAUGAUGGAGAAGAUCCAUAAAUCAAGUUCUUUGAGGGUGAACCUAAGCGAGCUAUUGGUGAGUUUAACGAACGAUGUGAUAUCUAGAGUUGCCCUGGGACGGAAAUACAGCAGUGAAACGGAUUCUAAGGAGUUAAUGAAAAGGCUCGUGAGGCUACUGGGCGAGUUUAGUGUGGGGACUUAUGUACCGUGGCUUGCAUGGAUUGAUUGGAUCUCUGGUUUGGAUGGACAGCUAAAAAAGACAGGCAAUGAUCUUGAUGAGUUCUUGGAGAGAGUUGUGCAAGAUCAUGAUGAUGGCGACCACCGCGCUAGGAAUGACUUUGUGGAUGUGUUGCUCGCAAUUCAGAGAGAGAAGAGCGUCGGGUUUGAAAUCAACCGGUUAAGCAUAAAGGCUAUCAUCUUGGAUGUUGUUGUGGGUGGUACGGAUACAUCUUACGCACUUCUGGAGUGGGCAAUGACAGAGCUUCUUCGUCACCCAGACUGUAUGAACAGACUCCAGGAAGAAGUCCGCACGAUUUGUAAGGGAAAAUCAAGUGUACCAGAAGAAGACAUUCAAGACAUGAACUACUUAAAAGCUGUGAUCAAAGAGACAAUGAGGCUACAUCCUCCAAUUCCAUUGAUGUUUCCUCACGAAUCAACAGAAGAUGUCAGAGUAAGAGACUACAACAUACCUGCGGGUACGCAGGUAAUGAUCAAUGUUUGGGCGAUCGGGAGAGAUGCUGCGUCGUGGGGACCAGAUGCAGAGGAGUUUAGACCGGAGAGACAUUUAAAUUCAUACGUUGAUUUCCGGGGUCAGAAUUUUGAGCUGAUUCCAUUUGGAGCAGGGAGAAGGAUUUGCCCAGCAAUAUCAUUCGCUGUGGUGUUGAUUGAGGUGGUUUUGGCUAACUUAGUGCAUCAGUGCGAUUGGAGAUUACCAGAUGAAUAUACAGAAGAUCAAACCAGUGUCGCUGAAUCAACCGGUAUGGCGAUUCACCGCUUGUUCCCUCUUUACGCCAUUGCAUCAUCUACUACUUGAUGGAGGCAUUAUAUACUAAAUGGUUUAUUAUGUUUACGUGUACACAAACAAGUUUACUUAUUUGAAAGUCUUACCACACAAGUCACAAAGAGAUCUUUAAGAUUCGAGUUCUUGACUAA